CCAGUCCCGUUCCAUUUCAUUCAGCUAUCACGCCUCCCACAGGUCUUACCUUGGUUUUUCAGUUUUAACUCUUUGUUGUGACUGUAGGAAGCACCUUUUAUAAAAAUACAGAAGUGCCUUCAUAUUAUAGGGCUCUGGAUGAGCCAGGUUACGGAAACAAACGCACACACACACACACACACAAACACAGGGAGGAGCGUUUGGUUUCCCUGGCAGCCAGAAGAUGAGGAGGAGCUUUGGUUGGUUGUUACUCUGCCACAUAGUCAAACAACAGAGAACCAUCUGUGACUGCGGUUAGAAGAGGCCCCGUGGCCAUGGCUACAGACCCGUUAGCUGAGGCAGGCUUUUAUUUUGAUGAACUCAACAAGCUGCGAGUGUUGGAGCCUGAUGUCAGCCAGAAGACUUCAGAGCUCAAAGAAGAGUGCAAAGAGUUUGUGGACAAAAUUGGCCAGUUUCAGAAGAUAGUGGGAGGUCUGAUUGAGCUCGUGGAUGAACUGGCAAAAGAAGCAGAGACAGAAAAGAUGAAGGCCAUUGGAGCCAGAAACCUGCUGACGUCUGUAGCAAAGCAAAGAGAGGCCCAGCAGCAGCAGCUUCAGGCUCUCAUAGCAGAGAAGAAGAUGCAGCUUGAAAGAUAUCGUAUAGAGUACGAAGCUUUGUCCAAAGUGGAGUCAGAGCAGAACGAGUUCAUCGACCAGUUUAUUCUCCAGAAGUAAGAACUCCCGAGACCAAACGACCUGCGACUUUCCUCAGUGCCUAUCCCAUUUUCAGAGAACUACUCCGCUGCAGCUCCUUUUCCGAAGCAGUCCCAAAACUCUGACGUCACGGACGCCUCCUCCUCUGACGUGCUGUGUGUGAACUGACCGCCUGCUGUUUCCCACUGUGGACAGCAGCUGUGUGCAUUUACAGUGCAGCUUCACGUGCUCAUCUCUGCUGGCAUCAAGUGUCUCGACAUGUCACACCAACACUGAAGACGACGGAGCUAUUUAUACAAAGAGAACCUAUUUAUACUAUUUAUACUUUAGUCUGUAUAUCUAGUUUUAUUACUUUUUGUAUCGAUGGAGAUUAAUACUGCAUGUGCACGUAGCUGCAAAUACGUUUCAGUUCAAGAGAAAUGAAAUCAGGAUGUUUUUGUUUUAUUCCAUUGGUUGGUGAAGCCAGUACAGAAGAAACAUUCUCAUUGUUUUCUUGUAUGUGUAUCCUUGUUAUCCAGCAUUCGUUUGAGAAAAAUGGUUAUACUUGAAUACUGUGUGUUGCACAAAAGUAUCACCUUUGCCUCCAAGCUGUAGAAGAGAUGUGUGAGCAAAGUUUAACAAUGUGCAAUUAAGUAUUGUGUUAAUAAAGAUGACGUGAUAUGCAAA